UCCUCCCAACAUUAAUGCUAGCUAAGAUGGUGGUUUGAGCGUAAAUUGUCUCUACAAUACCAAGAGAAGAAAAGGGGCAGAAACAUCUUUACAGCCUUUUAAUCACAGCCGACCAACUCGUCUACGGUUGUCUUAAGUGACCGUCCGUAGAAAUUUGGACAUUUCACAAACACUGGGCCGCAGUCUCCGCCCAAUCUGGUGUGACUCCCUCGGAGUGGAAUCUAAGCUAAAUACGGACAGGCCCUGUGCUCUGUGAACAACGUCAACACUCACACUAGCCGUGCCAUAGGAUGUCCCACAGCCCUGAAAUGAAGGAUGACCCCAUGGAGUGCCCUCUGUGCAUGGAGCCGCUGGAAAUUGAUGAUGUCAACUUCUUCCCCUGCACCUGUGGCUACCAGAUCUGCCGCUUCUGUUGGCAUCGCAUCCGCACAGAUGAGAACGGCCUGUGCCCUGCCUGCAGAAAGCCGUACCCAGAGGACCCGGCUGUGUACAAGCCUCUGUCACAGGAGGAGAUCCAAAGGAUAAAGAAUGAAAAGAAGCAGAAACAGAACGAGAAGAAGCAGAAGGUGACAGAAAACCGCAAACAUCUGGCAAGUGUCAGAGUGGUCCAGAGAAAUCUGGUGUUUGUGGUUGGGCUCUCACAGCGGCUCGCCGACCCGGAGGUCCUAAAACGACCAGAGUAUUUUGGGAGGUUUGGGAAAAUCCAUAAAGUGGUCAUCAACAAUAGCACAUCUUAUGCCGGUUCACAGGGGCCAAGUGCUAGCGCUUAUGUCACUUACAUCCGCUCUGAAGACGCUUUAAGAGCAAUACAGUGUGUGAACAAUGUGGUUGUUGAUGGCAGAACACUAAAGGCUUCUUUAGGCACAACAAAGUACUGCAGUUACUUCCUUAAAAGUAUGCAGUGUCCCAAACCCGAUUGUAUGUAUCUACAUGAGCUUGGGGAUGAAGCGGCUAGCUUUACUAAAGAGGAGAUGCAGGCGGGGAAGCAUCAAGAGUACGAGCAAAAACUCCUCCAAGACCUCUAUAAAAUUAACCCUAGCUUUCUACAACCUCCAGCAUGUGGUACAGAGAAGUCGAAGAGUAAAUCCAACUCCACACAGAGAUCCAACAAUAGCAAUGGGAAAGAUGGGUGGCCAACGCUGUCAGGGCAUAACAAACUGGCCAAUGGGCUUUCAGAGGACCGCAAAUCCCCUCCACUCCUAGACUAUCUAGACCAAGACGUUAUUACUUCAGACGGGCUAGAUACAGACCUGGGUCCUGGUCAGCGUACGAGCCUGUCCCCCUUCUCCUCAAACUGCGACAGUAACAGUCCCAGUGACAAACCUUCAGAAUCAAUGGGUAUGGUGAAUGGAGAGACUUUACAACCGAUGCCCACCAGUGACUCCCCCUCUCCUCCCCCGGGUUUAACCAAGCCCAGCCUGGUGGUGCCCAUCAGUGUGUCAGACCUCACAGCCCGUUCACCCUUCGAGGGUGCGGCAGCCGAGUCCCAGUCGCUCUUCUCAGACAACAGCAACUUCAGACACCCUAACCCACUCCCUGCCGGGCUACCCCCCUUUCCCAGCUCCCCCCGCGGCAGCUCUGACUGGCCCAUGACCCCUGAACCACAGAGCCUCUUCACAUCAGACACAAUACCAGUGUCCUCUUCCACAGACUGGCAGGCGGCCUUUGGCUUCGGCUCGUCCAGCAAACAGCAGGAUGACGACUUGGGCUUUGAUCCCUUCGACGUCACCCGCAAGGCUUUGGCCGACCUGAUAGAGAAGGAGCUGUCGGUACAGGAUCAGAGUCCCUUGUCCCCGGGGCUCCUCCCCCACGGGAGCAAUCACGGUCCCGGCCUACCACCCCUCAACGCAAGCGCCGCCUCCCAUCACUUCUCCAGUGGCCUGACACGCCUUCCCCAGCUCCACCACAGAGCCAUCUACAGCUCGUUCAGCUUCCCCGGCAGUCAGAACAGCCAGGCCAGUCAACAGCAGCCAGCUGCCAGACACCCCUGGAUGGGCAUCCCCACACGAAAUAACCUCACACACUUGAACCACUCAGCCAGUGCUGCCUCACACAGUAAUUUCCUGGACCUGAAUCUGCCCCCUCAGCACAACACAGGACUGGGAGGGAUCCCCAUUUCAGAAAACAGCGGCUCUAUAGACGGCUUAAAUGUAAAAGAGUGGCAGGACGGCCUCAGAGCUCUCCUGCCCAAUAUCAAUAUCAAUUUCGGGGGUCUCCCAAACUCCUCUUCGUCUUCAUCCUCCUCAUCCUCCAACAGUGUUAAUCACAUUGGUGGGCCGACAGGGCCAGUAGGCAUCUCGCACAGCCUGAGCUGGGAUGGUACAGCUAGUUGGAUGGAUCCUGCUAUCAUCACAGGUAGAAACUACAAUGCAGGCAUCCCGGCCUCGGUAGGCAACAGUUUAGACUGUCUCCAGGACGACAACCCACCACACUGGCUCAAAUCCCUGCAGGCACUCACAGAGAUGGACGGCCCAUCCAGUUCAGUUGUGACCACGCCCCAGCCCCACCACAGCGGCCUCCUCGACGCCCACCUCCCACUCCACCACAGAGCCGCCGGCGGCUGGGCUCCCUACAUGCCCACACCCACAGCCAACCCCGCCAGCCAGUACCACUCCCCACCCCCAGGCUUCCAGACCGCCUUCAGACCCCCAGGACAGCCCGCCACAGAGCUGCUACAGAGUUCCGCCGUGGACCGCCACUGAAAACAGACUACAGCAGACACCCCAUCCAUUCCCUCACUACCACUUAAUACCCACUCAUCCUUUACCCUGUACUGCCCCUCCCCCCAAUGCAAUACACACCAAUCUGCAGAGUAUGACAAAUUAUUAACAAAGUAACAAACAUGCUUUUUUUUUUUCUCUUCCCCCCUCCUUAAAUGUCUACUCCGAAUGCCUAUUUGUUUUUGUUUCUGUUUGUGGCACACACGUUAUCAAGACCCUUUGUCUGCUACCAUCUCCAAUCCGUAGAACUUGUUCUGGGCGUUAACAUGGGUAAUCAUUGUGUUGCUUGCCGUUUUACGGAGAGCAUAAGAAAAAAGUAGAGCAUCAAAGCGACCAGUGGUGACACAAGAGUUCACAAACUCUACAAACUGGCAAAGAAACAAAUCAGCUGAGGUGAGGUCUUUUAAAAAAACAAAAAAAAUACGUAACAGUAAGCAUGAACAACAUUUGUGUUUUUUGAAAGUUGCAAUUAGGUUUUGAGGAAUGAAACAAGCUGUGAAUCUGCUCUUUGAAGCUUUGCCCCAAAGACCCUCAUCCUCCCCACUUUUACAGGAGACUGAAACGGUUAACCCUUCCAGCUGAGAAGCAGAUAAAACGAGGCGAGAGAGAGAGAGAGAAAAAAGGGGUUGGCCCUUGGCUUUUUUUGAGUGUUUUUUUUCUUUCCAAUGAAAUGUCCCAAAAAAAGAAGCUGAGAUUUGGUGAGAAGAGGGUGAAUGCAGAUGACACAUGGGAGUUGAGGGCACAGGCUAUGCAUGGUCUCCCUGUUAGGUAGGGACAAAAAUGGUCUGCCUCAGAGGCCACUUAGCCCACAUUCCCUUCAGUGGAGGGCUCUCAGUAGCCCCGUCCUGCUGGAGGGACAUUUUUGCUGAACCUCUGUAUCAGAGGAUAGAGCACUGCCUAACCGCAGGGAGCCAGGGCUUUGGGAGAUCGUGGCACACAUCCUGAGCAAUAGGGCUAGACUCUUACUCACAGUGCCACUGUGUGGUACCUGCAGUAGCUAGCCCUCACAUGGACAGCCACCAAGUAGACAGGACAAUGAUAAGGCGGAUGAGGAAAAUGACCCACGAUGAUAGUGAAAGGGUUAGCAGGUACCCUUGUUCGACCCACAAGGGCUUAAACGAGGCCUUAAAAUGAACUGAUGAGAGAAAGGAGUGAGUAAAGGGAGGACUCUAACGAUUGCUGAAAAUUAUGCAAUAUUGUAUUUGACUUUAGCAACUGUAUGUGAGCGUGUGUCAUAAAGAAAGAUGCAGCGUGACAAUUAUGAGUACUGAAGUAAUGGUUAUUUUAAGGAGCUGUCACCCAUUAGGAUUCGCGACCGGCCUCUCGGACCACCGCCGUUUUUCUUUUUUCUUUUUUGAAGUCUUAAUUCUCUCAUCCGUAUUCGCUCUGUCUCUCUUUCUCUCUCUUACCACCCCCCUCCCCACCCCACCCCCCUCCUGCUGUUCUGUAUUUAACAGUAUUCACAAAAUGAACAAACUCAUCCAGGAGAAACCAACCACAGAGUCAUACAAUGGGUUUUAACAUGAUGUUGCGAGGUUUAAAAAAAAAAAGAAAUCGAGGCGCUUAAGGGGGUCAACUGUCCUCUGCAGGUCUGGAAAAAUGAACCUUAAAUAAAACUGAAAACUCAGA